UUUCUUAAUGCACCCAAAUGUGUUUUCAGAAUUAUAACCAAGAGAAGUACACCCUCCAAAGAGAAGUGGAGCUCAAGAGUCGGAUGCUAGAAAGCUUGAGCUCGGAGUGUGAAGCUUUGAAACAACAACAGAAAAUGCAGCUGGAGCAGUUAGAAAUGAGUCUGAGCAGAAGCCACAGGCAGCAAGUCAAUGGCCUGAGAGAUAAGUUAGAAAAACUGAAAGUGGAGUUAGAUGAGGCGAGGCUUAGUGAAAAGCAGCUGAGGCAGAAGCUGGAUCACCAGGAGGAACUUCUCUCUCACAAAUCAGAAGAACUGCAGCUCCUGUCUGAGCAGCGUGUGUGCAACAGCAUGUCGUCAGAGGUGCUGGCUCUUCAGAUGGAGCUGACCGAGGUGGAAGGGGUGAAGAAUGCCCUCAAAGAAGAGGUGUGCGAGCUGCAGUACAGGCACGAGCAACUGGAAUGCUGCAAUACUUCCUUACUGCACCAGGUAGACCGGCUUAAAGAGGAAAAAGAGGAGCGGGAGAAGGAAGCGGUGUCUUACUAUAAUGCCUUGGAGAAAGCUCGCAUAGAAAAUCAAGAUCUUCAGGUGCAGUUGGCGCACGCACUCCAGCAAGCCCUUGAUCCCAACAGUAAAGGAAACUCUCUGUUUGCAGAGGUGGAGGACCGAAGGGUGGCAAUGGAACGCCAGUUCAACCUGAUGAAAGUCAAGUAUCAGUCACUGAAGAAGCAAAACGCAUUCACCAGAGAGCAGAUGAACAAAAUGAAGUUACAAAUCUCCACAUUGCUGAGAAUGAGGGGAUCUGAAACCGAAUUUGAGCAGCAGGAACGGUUGUUUGCCAUGUUGGAACAGAAGAAUGGUGAAAUAAAGCAACUUUUAGGUGAAAUUAAUAACCUGGAGAAAUUUAAGAACUUGUAUGAAAGUAUGGAAUCUAAGCCUGGCGCAUCGGGCAGCCCUUGUCCUCUAGAGGACAGCACGUAUUAUGCAGAUUUACUUCAGCUAAAGCUUGAUAAACUAAACAAAGAAAAUGAAAGCACAAAAGGCGAACUGUCCAUACAGAGAAUGAAGGCAUUGUUCGAGAGCCAGCGAGCCCUGGAGAUGGAGCGGAAGCUGUUUGCAAAUGAGAGGCACCUGCAGAUUUCAGAAAGUGAAAAUAUGAAGCUGAGAGCUAAGCUGGACGCGCUGAAGCUGAAGUAUGAGCCCGAAGAGAAAAUUGAAGUACCUGUACUCAAAAAGAGGCGUGAGGUGCUGCCGUUGAAUAUCACCACCCCAGAAGAAACAACUGCUACCAGUGCUAUGGGAGAAGAAGUUUCUAGACUCCCACUUCAGAGGGAGGAGAUGGAGUCCUGUCUUAAUAACUUAAAAGACAAUACUGUGCAGUGGGAAGAGCCAGCUGCUUCUUCAAGCAUUCAUCCAGCCAGACUCUCUCCUCACAAGAGCCUGCUUCAGGAUCCGCAGCCGAAGGAGGAGAAGAAGUGUGUAAAGCUUGUGGAUGGUCCAGCCAACACGGAGGCCUUGCAUGAACAAAGUGGGAACAUGCCCAGUUCUCCUAGGUUGACGGCAGAAUCAAGACUUUCAACAGAAGUGAAGGAAACGAAAGAAACUACAAUCAAAUUGGGCAAAGGAGCUUGUAAGAAAUCACACACUAUCAUGUAUGUGUCCUCGAAAUCAACCCCAGAGAUGCAGUGUCCACAGCAGUAGUGAGGACCUGCUCAGACUCAGUGCUAAGACCUGGCAGGUAUGCUCCUGCCUCUGUGUCCUAGAAUAGAGAUGUGGC